AUGCCUUCACCAACAGGCGGCGGGCUUGCAUCCGCCUUCAGCCCAUACACUGAUUCCCCCGGCACACCGGCGCGAUUCAAUGGCCAAUUUCCAAGUUCCGACAAUACGCGCAGCAACAGAUCGUCCGGACCAACAGACUCUCUAGCACCGCCGGCUAGCCCAUAUCCACCAGGCAUCGAACCGUCGCCCGUAGACUCGAAUGGCACCGAGAGUACAGAAAUAGAAGAGGAGGCGCAGGAUGAGGACAUUAAGUCGCAAGAUUCCACCAAGCGACGCGAAUCGUUCGAGGUGCAAUCGCCGGACAUUGAGAUAACAAGUCCAGAGAGCGCAAAGAGUAAUCCACCAAGGCUUGAUACCAAACUGCCCGCUCGGUUCCGGACGGACGACGGUCCACAAUCCGUGAUUCAUGUUCCCUCUGGCUUCAAGAAAUUCGACGGAGGGCAGCAGUCGACGCCAAGUGAGAAGUCCGAGCAAACCACUAGACUCGUCUCUCCCACAACGCCGGAGGCAUCUGUUCUCGAGCCAGCAGAUAUGCAAUUGCCGAGUUCUCCACCGCCCGUGAACACCGAUGUGCCGAAGUUCACGGAUCGUUCCACGCCUCGUGCACAAUCAAGGCAGGAGCUUGAUGAAGACUAUAAGCGUCGGAGCCGACGCACAUCGAGCCUAGAAGAUAUCCCCGAAGCUUUGGACAAGGACGUUGACGAAUCGCAUCGCAAGAAUGAUGCUUCCGACGCGAAGAAUGACAGUGGACCAAGCACCGCUGGUUUGGUCGGUGAUGGGACGAUGGAAGAAGCCAUGCAGACGCUGGACCAGACCGACACGGAAGUUGCUGCGCUGCAGACCGCGCUGAGCGAAUGCUGGACCCUUUGCAACACAUUAGCAGGACUAUCUUCGAGCCAUCGACAACGAACAUUCCGAUUUGCGGGUAAGACAGAGGUUCAAGAACAGGCGUGGCGGAGCUGUUGGCGAUUGUGCCAACAACUGUAUGAUCAUCGUGACGAAGAUCACACCUCUCAAGUCAUGCCUACCUUGGAACUCUGUCGAGACUUUUGCCAGUCGUUGUUCGAUGCUCGGGAGAAGAUGGACGAAGCUUCGGAUUCGGUCUUGCGAGUGAGUUUCGAGCUCAACAAUCAUCUUUACAAUACCCACGAUCGAAGCCUGCCGGAUGCUUUCAACGAAAGAACCUUGGACUUCUACAUCACCCUUUGCCACAGACUGAUGAAGCUGCCGACAGCCCUGCCUCAAGAAACGGAUUCUCUCCUUCGGGCAUGCUGGUCCUUGGCCGAGAUGCUCUUCAACAUUCGACAAAGCAGCCGAGAAGGCAAGCGAGCAGACGAAGAGCUCCUCGGAUCUGCCGUGCAAGCAUGUUGGGAACUUUGCGACCUGUUCCGAGAAGGUUGGACGCAGAUUCGACCCGAUCGAGGCACCCCACGACCCAGCCAAACCACUUUCAACUCUCAGUCCUCUUACAAAGCCUCUUCAGCCUCCGUCCGCUCCGAAGGUCGAUCUACAUCGAGCACCAUCUCCAGCCGCAAAUUCCACGAUGCACAGUCCGCUCCGCCCGAAACACCUGUCACUGUGUUCGACGACACAUCUACCGCGGAUUCCUCCCCCGACUCUGUCACAGUACCCAAUAUCCUCGUCCUCGGACCCGCGAGUACCGGCUCUAGAGACUCCCUCCGCGGUGCAACUCACCACCACGAUCGCUGGACCUCGAAUGCUAGCGUGCUGAGCGACUAUUCCGAGUCCGCAGGCUCGCAACGCACAUCCUCCACCGCCACGGCAUCGGCAGAAGAGACGGCACUCUCCCGAUUGCGAUGCCUCUUGCUGAAAGCAGGCAUGGAUACGGGCUAUGUUCGGACUUCUGGUCAGCCGCUGCCGAACUAUGUGAAGGCUUUGUCGGACAAUGCGUUUGGCACUUUACCUUGGCAGAUGAAAGUGUUGAGCUUUUACAAGAAGUUGGUCACGAAUGAUAAGUCGAUGAUGACCGUGCAUAAUUAUCCGGCAAGACGACUGAGCGCGAACGACAUUGCGAAAGCGGUGCGGUGGUUAGGCAACUCGGAGCAGUGGGCUUGGAUGCGAGAUCUCUUCCGGCUAGUAUUUGGCUUUGGAGUUGAUGAAGCGGAUCGCAGAUCGGGCUCUUUUCAAAUAUGA